AUGGUGUCCUCGAUUGUUCCCCCGAAGAUUGCGUCGCCGAACGCUAUCGGCAGCCAGGCCGACGGUGCGCGCAUGGCCAGAGUCGUCAACUUUUACGAGAAACUUCCCCGUGGCGCCGCUCCUGCUCCGAAGGCUCGCGGUCCUCUGCAAUGGUACCAGCACAGAUAUAUGGUUGGCAAGAAUGCAUCUGCCAUGCCAAUCAUCCACGUCAUCGGCGGUCUUCUUCUCAUCGGUUACGCGCAGAACUACUACUUCCAUCUCCGCCACCACAAGAACCACCCUCACUAGGGGAUCCAUACGGUGCGCUCAACGAUUGGAAGCUCGACAUGAGACCGAGGAUCUGUAUAUAGACUGUGAAGUGUCGGACCGCUCCUCGAAUGGC